AUGACUCCGACCGGCAGACCCAGAGGUCGACCGAGGAAGGUCGACAGCUUCAGCAGCACCACAACUACAUCGAGAGCAUCUUCAUCCAGACGUUCCACCGGCAAACUCGUCAACAACUCGUCAACAACUUCCCAAAAGCACAAACCUUCGGCUCCUUCUACCGUCAACGAUGAAGGUGAUGAUGAUGACGAUAUUUCUAGCUUGGACUUUCCUUCCCCUUCUAGAAUCGAUGAGUACGUUGGCGCAAAGGUCACGAAGAGGGUCCCAGCUGCAAAAGCUCGCAAUUCCUUGUCCUCUGUGUCGACUGUCAACGACUACAACGAGAGCAGCGGCUACUCAACUCCUCUCACGAGUGGUGUUGCGACUCCGGCAUCUUUCAACAAACCCACAGCAUCAACAGCCCGUAGACGAGGACGUCCUACAGCGACAAUGUCACAUACAGCUGCCCCUUCAGUCAAUAUGGUAGCUCGCGCUGCUGCUCUCCGAAACAGUCAAUUUUCCCUAAAUCCAAACAAACGAAAGCGAAUCGCCGAUUCAGAGGAAGAAGAGGAUGCCGACGAGGAUAAUACUGCAGAUGCGCAGCUUGCUCGGGCUCUCCAAGAGAAGGAAGACGCCAAAGCCAACAGCAUGAGUGCUAUGGACAUCGAUGGACCUGCAACUCGAAGAACCCCUCGCAAAACACAGAAGAGAAUUUCCAAGAUCGUUUACGACUCUGAAAUCUCGGAUGAUGAAGAUAUUAAAGUCAUACAAAAGUCUUCCCAACUUGCUAAUAGGCCCAAAAUUGAACUUUCUGCUAAAGGUAAUAAUGGUGUCAAAUUCAUAGGGAAUGGACAGGGGAAGGCCAAAGUUAUUCAAGACUCAGACGAUUCAGACGAUUUUAUUGAAAUUGACGACUCUGAAGAUUCUGACCCUAUCGCCAUUAGCACACCGCGAUCUCGUAUGAAGCAUGUCAUUCAGGGGCAAUCUAAAGCAUUCAAAGCAAGCUCUUCUCCACGACGGCGCUCAACCAAGAUGAUGCCACCUCCAGCCAAUCGCCCUCGCAACACCAACGUGAGGCUUGGAAAACCACCCGCCAUGAAACGCGAAGACACAACAGCUUCGACUAGCUCUAGCCUCACCAACCUCUCCAACCAUUUUCCUACUACGGAGAGUGAUUUUGAUGUCUCAGACUUAGGAUCAGCCAGUGUAUUUGAAUCAGAUUCAGAAUCUGAUGGUGUUCCAAUCGCUGCAGCUGGCCCGUCAAGUUCUGUAGUUCCUCGAUCUCGUCCUCGUGGAAGCGCUCGUCACAGGAUCAACCUAGCCGAACAUGACACAGGAGUGAGUCGUAGGUCUAGACAGGAACGUGCUCGUCUCGAAGCGCAUCAUCCUGAGCUCCAAACCAUGUGGAAAGAUCUUGAAAAUCUGCCAAAGAUUGGAUCGGUGAAGAUUGAGCAGCCGAAGAACAUCAACCGCGAGCUGAAGCCCUUCCAGCUCGAGGGUGUCGCCUGGAUGAAGGCUAUGGAGAAGACGGACUGGGGUGGAGGCUUACUUGGUGAUGAGAUGGGCAUGGGUAAAACCAUUCAAGCUGUCUCAUUGAUCAUGUCCGACUUCCCCGCUGCUCAACCAUCCCUUGUCCUAAUUCCCCCAGUCGCGCUCAUGCAAUGGCAACAAGAAAUUGCUGCUUACACUGAUGGAACCCUGAAGACUUUUGUUUACCACGGCACCAAUGCGCAUACCAAAGGGGCCACCCUCGAUGAUCUCAGGAAGUAUCAUGUUAUUCUCAUGUCGUACAACAGUCUUGAGUCCAUGUACCGCAAGCAGGAAAAAGGCUUCAAGCGCAAAAACGGAUUACACAAAGAGGAGAGUAUCAUCCAUCAAAUUCAAUUCCAUCGUGUCAUUCUCGACGAGGCACACAACAUCAAGUCACGCACCACUGGCUCAGCAAAAGCAUGCUUCGCUCUAAAGGCGGACCACAAAUGGUGCUUGUCCGGAACACCCCUUCAGAAUCGUAUUGGUGAAUUCUUUUCUCUAGUUCGCUUUCUUGAUAUCAAGCCAUUCGCCUGCUAUUUCUGCAAGCAAUGUCCUUGCUCGACUCUAAAUUGGGAUAUGAAUGAGAACAAUCGCUGCUCGGGCUGUCUUCACAGUGGCAUGCAGCAUGUCUCCGUUUUCAACCAAGAACUUCUCAAUCCAAUCCAGAAGUUCGGUAACAAGGGACCUGGAAAGGAAGCGUUCCGUAAACUUCGAAUCCUUACCGAUCGAUUCAUGCUUCGUCGUGUAAAGCGUGAUCAUUCCUCAGCAAUGGAACUGCCAACUAAGGAGAUCUAUGUCGACCGUCAAUUCUUUGGCGAAGAGGAGAACGAUUUCGCUGGUAGUAUCAUGAACAACGGUGCCAGAAAGUUCAAAACAUACGUCGCUCAAGGUGUUCUGCUCAACAAUUACGCCAACAUCUUCGGUCUGAUUAUGCAGAUGCGUCAAGUCGCUGACCAUCCGGAUCUCAUCUUGAAAAAGAAUACCGAAGGCGGUCAAAACAUACUUGUCUGCUGCAUCUGUGACGAGACUGCAGAAGAAGCAAUUAGAUCUUCUUGCCGUCACGAAUUUUGUCGCGAGUGUGCCAAAAACUACCUCAAUUCUUCGGAUGAGCCCGACUGUCCACAAUGUCACAUCCCUCUCAGUAUUGAUCUUGAGCAACCUGAUAUCGAACAGGACGAGCAAAUGGUUAAGAAGUCAUCUAUCAUCAACCGAAUUAAGAUGGAAAACUGGACUAGCAGCACUAAGAUUGAAGCUCUCGUUCAUGACAUUUGGCAACUGCGAUCGAAAACCAGGACCACAAAGUCAAUCAUCUUUAGUCAAUUCACUACCAUGCUUCAACUAGUCGAAUGGCGGCUUCGUCGUGCUGGUAUCACCACUGUCAUGCUUGAUGGCUCCAUGACACCUGCACAAAGACAGGCUUCUAUCAAUCACUUCAUGACCGAUGUCAAUGUUGAAUGCUUCCUUGUUUCUCUCAAGGCUGGCGGCGUUGCUCUUAACCUGACCGAGGCUUCCCAUGUGUUCAUUGUCGACCCUUGGUGGAACCCAGCUGCAGAGUGGCAGUCUGCUGAUCGUUGCCAUCGUAUUGGACAAGCUAGACCUUGCUCUAUCACGCGAUUGUGCAUUGAGGAUUCUGUCGAGAGCAGAAUGGUCCUGCUUCAGGAGAAGAAGGCCAACAUGAUCAAUUCCACCAUCAAUUCUGAUGAGAGUGCAAUGGAGAGUUUGACUCCGGAGGAUAUGCAGUUCUUGUUCCGUGGAAAUUGA